ACCCAUCGGAGCUGCAAGAUUGUUGAAUUUUUGCUUCUGUUUUGACUCUCGUCGAAUAUUGUUCCGGUCGGACGUCGGAGUUUCUGUAUCGCAAGAGACACGCAAUCACAUCUGUGCGCAUUUGUUGUUGUUGUUUUUAUUGUUGUUUCUCUGUCACGACAGUUAAAACUCCGUUUGCGGUCCGUUAUUGAAGGUUUUUUUUCUUCUGUGUGUUGUACACAGAAGGUGCUCGUGUGUCGUGCCAAGGUGAGGUGCCCCUCGUGAUUUGAGUGGAGUGCCAAUUAUAUACAUACGUGCGCGGUGUUUUCAUUCCGUCAGGCAAAUGACCGAGUGUCAAAUGGUGUGAAUUCCACGGUGGAUUACUCCUCGGCUGGUGCGGUUGCGAUUAUCAUUCAAAUGCGCAAAAAUGCGUCUUCUUUUUGAGUAGAGGCGUUAGUUUUGCUCACCAUAUAUCAUUUCGGAUCGGUCGAGGAGAGCGCGACAGUCUCAUCGGGUGGGGUGUGUUGUGACUUGUGAUUUUUUUCUCAACUCUUCGUGACGACAUUUUAAAAGCGCCGUGCUGUGUGGUGAACUGAGUGGUGAGAGUAAUUUUCGUGGUUACUAGAGCGGCGGAGAGAGAUCUCAGCCACUCAUCCGAUCGGUUGAAUACUCACUCGGAACAUCCAGGGCAGCACUGAAGCAAACUGAAAUCGGAAGAUCGACGGUAGUGUUCGGCGGAAUUAGUUUCCCUAGUGUGUAAAUAUCCAUCUAGCGCCCACAAACCUAACAACCGUUACCUACCACUCAGUGCUAGUAGGUACUCCCGCUCUCGGUUUCGCUUUUAUCCGAACUCGAGAGGGACGUGUUGACGGCUAGAAAAAAAAAUCACAAUAAAUAAUUAAUCAAUUCGAUGCCACUACGACAGUGCUGAUGUAGCAACCAGCAGCUACCGACACUGAUACGGAAAACCGGUGAGACACUGAAUACCUGACACUCGCUUCACUCACUCGACCAACUCGCUUAUUCGAGCCGCCAAGCAUCAACGGCGACGUAGCUGAUGGUGAUCACCGGAGUGGCACUAUGCAAAUACCAAUAAUAAUCUACGUGAAACAAGACGGCGAAGUUGGCGGUAAACAAACCCUGUCCAGCUUGAUCAUGCAGCAGCUGAUGAUGAUGAUGAUGGCGGCAGCGAAAGCCACCAAUUAGCAUACAAUCGCGUAAAUCUGCACGAGUGUCAUCCGAAACGGGUUGAAUAAAACGAAAAGAAAAAAGAAUAAACACAAGAAGUGCAAGUGAAUCAGAAGCCGACAGUGAGUAAGAAGCAUAUAAAGUAUCAUCACACACAUAACAUAGUAGGCAGUAGUAGUAAGUGGUGGGUACAAGUGGAAUUGAAACAGGGGAAGGAAACAAGCCAAACCGACAACGGUUGAUGAAAAUUAAAAAAAAUAAAGCGAAAAGAGUGAUCAAAAGCGAGCUAAAGUACUCGUUUACGUUUAGUUCUGGUCGCGGGUUCCCUGCGGGUUUUCUUUGUGUGCGCUGCUUGGCCGAGCAGGCUUUUGCAGCAGGGGUCUCUGACCAGCGUAAAAAUAAAAUAUUAAGAAGAAUCAGGCUGCAACAAAAGCGAAAUCAGUGAUUGUUGUUGAAAUUAAACCAGAUAAAAUCCCACGGAAAAGAAGCCGGCCCAAAAUAGUGGAGCGAAACAAGUUGGUAAUAAGUAAUAAUAAUAAUCAAUAUAUACUCGGGGCAGGCUCGGGCGAGAAAAGGCCGAAACGAAGCAGUAAUAAAAAUUUAACGGUUUCGAUUGAGAAGGCGGGGAAAAAAUCGCUGAUUGAUAAAUUGAUUGAUUGUGUUUUUUUUUCUUCGAAUCUGUCGGUGUAUGUGUAUUGUGUGUGCAAGUUGCGCGAGCUUUCGCGCGGCUCGAUCCGAGCCAAGUGAGCACCAAUAAAAAGUAAUUAAUCGCAAUCAAAAGUGUGCAGAGCUCGAAGUAACCGAAGAAUACCGAGCGGAUGGAUGAAGCAGGGAUCCACUUUCCCAGAAGGUGCAGAAAUUGUUUUUAAAUUUGCUCUGUUUUUUUUUCUAUCUCGCCUCCGCGCUCUCCUCUUGUCCGCGUCUGAUUCGCUUCGGCGAAGGUGAUUAUGUGAAACCGGUUUCAAAGCGGGCCUACGAGUGAUUGAGAACUUUUGCGAAGAAAGGCUCUCUCGCCGACGCCGCCAACGACGACUCAGAAUAGAAUCAAAAGUGCGAUACUCAAAGAAGAGCGGGGGGAAAGCAAUUCUAUAUUAAAGUAAGCACCGGGUGUUAUUGGGUGCUAAUUACGAGUGCUUCGCCGAAGUCUCGCCGUCGAGCCUGAUUUCAUUGGGUGGAGAUUCAUUGGAAAAAAGCCGCCGCCGACGUAAUCAUCUCCGUUUUCGGUUCCGAGGCCGUGGCAGUCUCGGCGAAAAAGUAGCAGAAUGUAUCCGGCGCCUACCAGACAUCCGUCAGCUGGGGGUCCACCCCCACAGGGGCGCCAGUUCACAAUAGCGGAGACGCUCGAAAGGAUAAAGGAGGAGUUCAACUUUCUCCAGGCACAGUAUCAUUCAUUGAAACUGGAAUGUGAUAAACUCGCCAGCGAGAAAACCGAAAUGCAGCGACAUUAUGUCAUGUAUUACGAAAUGUCGUACGGUCUCAACGUAGAGAUGCACAAACAGACGGAAAUAGCCAAACGCCUCAACGCCCUGAUCGGUCAGCUAUUGCCCUUCCUGGCGACGGAACACCAGCAGCAGGUGGCGCAAGCUGUGGAACGCGCGAAACAGGUCACGAUGCCAGAGCUGAAUGCCAUCAUCGGGCAGCAACAUCAACAGCAGGGAAUUCAGCAACUGCUACAACAGAUUCACGCACAGCAAAUCCCGGGAGGACCACCGCAACCGAUACCGGGCCUCGGGGCGCUGGCCGGUCCACUGACGGCGUUCGGUGGCCCGAUGGGCUUGGGGCCGCAUGGAGCACCGCAAAGUCUGCUCAAAGCACCGCCCGAUCUGCACCGGGAGGAUCUCAAGGUGCCCCUGGGCGGGCCAUCGGCCGAGGAACGAAUGCGCAACUCCGUGUCUCCUGCUGACCGCGAAAAGUACCGACCCCGAUCCCCAUUGGAGCUCGAAAGCGAGAAUAAGCGACGGAAAGAGGAAAAACUUAACCACGAAAGCGACGGCGACAAAAGUGAACAGGAGUUGGUGGUGGACGUCGCAAACGAAACGGGUACACCAUCACCUCGGCCGAACGGCGAUCACGUUUCACUGGAGAGCCGAGAUCGGGACAGUGUCGGUUUGAACGGAAACGAUAAAGCCGGUUCGAGCAGUCUCAAGGGUGCAAACGAUCGACCGCCUUCCCGGUCUGGAUCCAGCUCGUCCCGAUCAACCCCGAGUCUCAAGACGAAAGAUCUCGACAAACCAGGCACACCUGGUACGAAAGCACGCGUCCCGACACCCAACUCAUCCACUCCGGGUGUUCCCAAAGCAGUAGUACCUCCCACAGCAGCCGGCUACCCGGCAUCUCCAUAUCAUAGGCCUUCGGACCCAUACGCACGACCCCCACCGGAUCCGUACGGUCGUCCACCGGUACCGUUCGAUCCACAUGCUCAGCUACGAACCAACGGAAUCCAGCUGCCCGUUUCGAGUGGUAAACCUGCCUAUUCAUUUCACAUGAAUGGUGAAGGUGGACCACAACCGGUACCAUUUCCUGCCGAUGCCCUCACCGGACCGGGAAUUCCUCGUCAUGCCCGCCAAAUCAAUACGCUAAUGCACGGGGAAGUUGUCUGUGCGGUUACCAUCUCCAAUCCAACCAAAUACGUGUACACCGGUGGCAAAGGAUGCGUUAAGGUUUGGGACAUUUCGCAACCGGGCAGCAAAAGCCCCGUCAGUCAGCUGGAUUGUUUGCAGCAACGGGACAACUACAUCCGCUCGGUGAAACUCCUGCCCGACGGGCGAACGCUGAUCGUUGGAGGUGAAGCAUCGAAUCUCUCCAUAUGGGACCUGGCGAGUCCGACCCCGCGGAUUAAGGCUGAACUAACCUCGGCUGCACCGGCCUGCUACGCGCUUGCCAUCAGUCCCGACUCGAAGGUGUGCUUCUCGUGCUGCAGCGACGGAAACAUUGCCGUGUGGGAUCUACACAACCAAACAUUGGUCCGGCAGUUCCAGGGUCACACCGACGGUGCCUCCUGCAUCGACAUCAGCCCGGACGGGGCCCGGCUAUGGACCGGCGGUUUGGAUAACACCGUCCGAUCGUGGGAUCUGCGCGAAGGACGACAACUGCAGCAGCAUGACUUUAGCUCGCAAAUUUUCUCGCUGGGUUACUGUCCGACCGGUGAAUGGCUAGCCGUUGGAAUGGAGAACUCCCAUGUUGAGGUGCUACACGCCACAAAGCAAGACAAGUAUCAACUGCAUUUGCAUGAAAGCUGUGUGCUGUCGCUGCGGUUUGCUGCCUGCGGCAAGUGGUUCGUCUCGACCGGCAAGGAUAACUUGCUGAACGCGUGGCGCACUCCGUACGGUGCUAGUAUAUUUCAGUCCAAAGAGAUCUCGUCAGUACUUAGUUGUGAUAUUUCGACCGACGACAAGUAUAUCGUCACCGGUUCCGGUGACAAGAAGGCUACCGUCUAUGAGGUCAUCUACUAGAAAGCAGAACAAUUUCCCCCAGGAACCUGUGCAAACUACCAUCGAACAGUGGACAUCAGUUGGCUCAAACUCCACUAUUUUCAACGUCCUUAGCACUACUAGCAUCACCGUUCUUCAGUUAAGGUUUCGUCUUCUUCGGAUCAUGUUUAGAGUUCAUUGCGGAAUAGAAAGUUUCCGAAUGCGCAUUGGUUUGACAAAGUGGGUAAAAAAACGAAAGAAAUCAAAAGAAAGAGCGAAGCGACAGUAAAAGUGUAGAUCAAUUUUACCAACUGUAUCAGUUUAUAGUUAAGUUCAAACUUCGAACAGAAUACCCACGUGUUAGAGCAAUAGGCCCACACUCGCAACAGCAAGCACCAGGUGUAACCGUCAUCAAGAUGACGACAAAAAAUACUUCACACAAAGGCAAACGAAUGUUAAACGGUAUGAGUUAAGUAACUUAAAGCAAAAGUUUAAAGUUAAACUAAGCUAAGCGCCCUUUAAAUGGAAAAAAAUCAAAGAAUUAACUGUAAAGCGAUUAGCGAAAAAGAAAACAAGCCAGAAAACAAGAAAAAAGAUUAACCUAAUUAUUACAACUUUAGUGAUUGCCGUAAAUAAAAUGCAGAGAGUAUUGUACAGUAUUUGAGAAACUCGUAAUGUUAAUUAUAUGAUUAAGACCAGGAAACAAAAAAAAAGAUUUUGCAAUUGCGCAGAGAUCCUUCGAGGUUUCAAUUGUAAAUUCAUUUAAAAGUUUUGACUGUAAAAAACACCCACAAAUACAUCUAAUUGUUUCAUUUCACAUUCUUGUCCCCGUGGAAUAGCAACAACAAAAAUAGAUGUCCGUUUAUUCCAUUUCAAAAAGAUAAGAUACAUUUUCACCAUUCUUUAGAAAACUAAUGAUUGAGCGAUGUAGAAACGAAAACGCAAUUUUUUUUUCCAUCACAAUUAUUGCUUGCUAUCCUUAAUGACUAUGAGAGAAACUUGCGAUGGGGAUUAUAAUUCCAACUAUUUAUUAUCAAAAACAUGAACUUCCUUUUCCGGUGCGAGCAAGCUCAACACCGAAUGAGAAGAAGUCUCCCACUCUCACCAGAUUAAUCAUCUUCAUAUGUAUGUAGAAUGAAGAGCGACCGAUUAAGGGAUUCUUUGCCGGCAAGUAAUGCAAAUUUCUCUAGCUGAUGGAAGGUAAAAUAGAAACGGCAACGCAAAAAAAUCAUUACAAAGAGUAAAUGAAAAACCUGGGAAACCAGCAACACUGGAAAGUUCAAUAUAAAUAUUAUAAAUAAAUAUUUUUAGACAUGAAACGAUUAA